AGAAAAACGCAUACAUGACACUUCUUACAAAUACUAUGGACGCCCCUGAAGACCCGGCUCAAGAUCACUAUUUCAUGGCCACUAGGAUACUAGGAUAUCAAUUGUUGCAUCAACCCAACACUAGAACCCAGCGUGGUUACCCUUUCGUGGUGUUGGUGACUGCAGAUGUAAAGCAAGACCGCCGCGACCUCUUGACUUCCGACGGCGCCAUCGUCCUCCCGGUCCAAAAUCUCGAAUACAACACCACGCGCAUCCACGGCGAAAUGCCACAAUGGAAAGACGUCAUGACAAAACUGCGAGCGUGGGAAUUGGUCGAAUAUGAUCUGAUCGCCUUUUUGGAUGGCGACUUCAUCUUAAAUCGCUGUUUGGAUGGGAUUUUCGACGAUGGCGCCACGAUGCCAGCAACUCUACUCACUUCCAACACCCUCCCCACCGAUGAAGGCGAAUUACCGUCCACAUACGUACUAGCCACAGUAGCAGAAGCGAAUCCUUUCCACAACUACCCACCCACCGCCGCUGCACACGACUACAAAGACCCAAACUACUUCAACGCAGGCUUCUUCCUCUUCCGCCCAGACUUGACACUAUUCCACCAUUUCGAAAAGAUAUUGCAAUUGGAAGGUCGUUUCGACCCUCAAUACCCAGAGCAGAAUCUUUUGAACUAUGCAUUCAGGAGGUCCGGCCAAAUGCCUUGGAUCGAAAUGGAUGGGAAUUGGCAUAUCAGGUUUCCGACCGUGGGGGAUAUGGAACAGGGGGUGGCUAGUAUGCAUGAUAAAUGGUGGAGUGCUCAUAUGGAUAAAGGUCUACAGCCGUACUACGAUUCUAUCAGGUGGAGGAUGGAAGGGUUCUAUGAGGUUACUAGUAAGAAACAGUGGGAAUUGGCUUUUGAGUGAUCGGAUUUAUGUAUAUUAAUGAGUCUCCUUUUUCGUUAUCCGUUCUUCUACUUGAUGACUAUAUUCCAACUCGGGUG